UUUGUUGAUUCUAGUAGUAGUACGAUUGAAUAUCGCGAUCGCCUAGUCAUCGUCGUGAACAUCGGUUCAACAACAUCCAAGGGCGUCCUCCGCGAUGGCAGAACACGCAGGAAUAUUGUCGAGUUCGCCGGCUCCGGCCGUACCUGAAGCGAAUCAAAUGGCUGACCUGCCGGACGACGCCAUGCUGCUGGUGCUGUCGCGCCUGCCCCUGGACGACCUCAUCCAGUGCCGCCUCGUCUGCAAGCGGCUCGCGCGCCUGGCCCUGCACCCGGACGCGUGGCGGCGCCGACGCCUGACCAACGCCUGCAACUCGUGCAACCCUUGUCCCCUGUUCAGCGCCGGGUUGCGACUGGGCUCGUGCGUGGACUCGAUGAGGAUCGAGCUGCCGCCGGAGACCGGGUGCCACCUGCUGUUCACGUCGCCGUGCGCCGCGAGGCGGCUGACCAUCUCCACGGUCCACGGGGGUGCGGGGUCCUGGCAGGCCGCGCUGCUCGUCCGGCACCAGGGGCUGCUCGGCAGGCUGCGGGAGGUCGACCUGACCCUCUACAGCCCGUGCCCUUGCGACGCCAAGUCCGCCGUCAAGGCGGACGUGUCCGUGCUGCUCGGGACGUUGGCGUCUACGCCGGGCCUGGAGAAGCUGACGAUCAAGGGGGACGAGGACGACCCGAAGCGACCCAUGCAGAACGGGGUCUCGUGCCUGCACGUCACCGUCCCGCCGUCCCUGACGCACUUCACCUGCCGCCCGCGUGACUCGCGGCUGGAGCCCGCCGUCAACGCCCUGCUGGCCGCGCACGCCGCCACCCUGGAGGAGGUCGAGAUCGUCUCCCUCAAGGCCUGGCCGCCGUCGUCCAGGAUGGGCCUCGUGCUGGCCAAGCUCCUCCGCCUCGCCAAGCUCGAGUGCCAGAUGCUGCCCGACAUGGAGGCCGUGGCGGCGUGCGAGUCCCUCAGAGAACUCACGCUCAUCGUCGACGACGAGGUGUCGCCCGCCUGCCGCGAGUCGAUUGCCGCGUUCUUCCGCCGCGCCGUCCAGCUGCGCGAGGUCCACUUCACCUGGUGCCACGUGCACGCCGACUGCCUCGACUUCGUCGCCGCCCUGGCGUCGUCGGGCCGCUCCCGCGUCGAGACGCUGGGCAUCUACAGCGUGAGCCGGUCGCCCGAGCCCGCCGAGCUGCAGGUGCUGCUCGCCGCGCUGCGCUCGCUGCCCGCUCUGCGCCGACUCAGGGUCAACGCAGAGAGGGACUCGGACGAGGCCAAGGCACUCCUGGAGGCGCUCCCCUCGCUUGACGUGGACCUCGGCCAGGAUAUCCACGGCGACUCGUAAAUUAUC